AUGUACGCUGAAUCGAUUCUCGUUGUCCUGGUUGGCUUCGCAUCCACAGCCAGUGCUGCUUACGACCCUCGAGCACUCAACGGGAUUCAAAACCUCAAGCCCGGGGUUGCGGUGCGACAGGAGGGCACCGCAUGCACCGCAUCCGCCUUGUCCAUCGCCGCCAGCAUUCCGACUCCGACCGGGGAACUGUUGUCACUUCUCUCAUCCUACGCCGCAACAGCUGAUGUGACCAACCCAACUCAAGCCUGCGAGAUCACCGCAGCCAUUCCUUCAUCGCUCUCUUCGCAGUACUCGUCUUACGACUCUGCGGUGUCGUCGUGGUACGAUGGCGAGAGCUCGAACAUUGCAGACUUGAUCUCGAAAUGUUCUAGUGAUCCUCUUGCGCAGACGAUCUCUUCCGCGAUUGGAGAUUUAAAUGCAUACACAGCGAGCGGAUGCAGUGGGCUCACAGCGACUAGCACUCAGUCGGUACAGAGCGAGACUGGAAGCGCUUCCUCAGUUCCAUCGACGACGACCCCUGCAACCGCUGGCGUGCCAAAGCCGACAGCUGCGAUAGCCGGCGCGGCUGCGGCUGCUGGAUUCAUCGGAGCGGUGGCAAUGCUGUAG